UGCACGCUGGGACCGUUUACCUAACAUGGCCGCCGAAUUGUGAAGCUUUAGCAUGGCGCGAGUAGUUGAAAUCCUCCGUCCACAAACAAUGCCGCUUCUUCCAAUAUUACGGCGCCGUGUGGUACUUCCAAGGACCUACAAAGACGAGAACCAAGUCGCUGCGCGCUCACUGUAAGCCCCAUGUAGCCAUGACACUGUCCGGACGGAUGGACUCCCUUGUGCGCACAGUGACAAUGAGAACCUCAAUUAUGCGUCCGUCAUAAGGGCAAAGCAAAAUCUUCGUGCGGCAUGUCGUCGGCGUACGGAGUCCGAGUCAAAGAAGAACCCGGUCUUGCGGUAUGUUACGUGUGUGGCGGGCCCGGGGCUGAGUAUCCACUCCACUCUCGAGCAAAUAGAGGACCUUACUUCCCCUUCCUAGAAUCGCACCUGCCACCAGCAGGGGCUGAGCGUGCUACAGGACCCGAUGGCGUUGUGUUGGCAUGUCCUCUUUGUUAUUCAUUCCUAACGCAACAGUGGGAAGCUCACGAGCAAAGCGGCACUCCGAGGCACAAGCGCAUGUACUGGCUCAAGAGAACGGACAAUGGACCGUUUGCCGGCAUGGAGUCUGGUUCUCCACCGGCCGCGGCGUUAGACCUCAGUCUUCCGGACCCUGCAGCCUGUGUCUGUGGUUCUGGGCCUCCACUAGUGCAGGUGUACGUCCGCCCCAUUGGCAACUGCCCUUUCUUUCCUAGCUUGGGUGCAGAUGCCAUUGACCCCCAAGGGAGGGUACACGUGUGUGAACCAUGUCACCGCGUCCUUCUAGAUCAGUGGGAUCGUUUUCAACGUCUUGCUGUGCCCCACUCUGAGAGGCAUUACCAUCUUUCUUCACGUCAUGCUCCACAACGUGCCUCGCCACACACUGCUCAGCAUCCCUCGCAGCAUGUUCCUCAACAUGCUUCUCAACAUGUUCCUCAGCAUCCUUCUCAGCAUGCUCCACAGCAUGCUCCACAGCAUACUCCACAACAUACUCCACAACAUGUUCUGCAGCAUGUUCAACAGUCUCCAGUGCAGCAUGUUCCACAGCAGGUUUCGCAGCACAUGACAAGCAGGCCCAGCACUCCUCCUGCAGCCUCGCCUGGAGACUCUGAAGCAUUUACAUGCUUUGCUUGUGGCCUUGAGUUUCAACCAAGUGCCCAGCGCACAGUUGCUACGUCAGGCUCAAACGGCCCAUCAUUCCCUUUCUUGCGAGGAGUGGCGCCCCCACCAGGGGCCCGGCCCUUGAGCCCCAAUGCGGGGCAUGCUGUCGUGUGUUCCAUGUGCUAUAAGAGCCUUCUGCGACAGCUACACGUGUUUGAGAUUGCUGGCACGGCGGAGCCACAGCGUAGCUACAAGAUUCUUAGAGAGACUUCGAGUGCCCCACAAGCUGCCCCUCGCAAGACCUCCUACCUGGGCUGCUAUCUUUGUGAGAAGAUUGGACCAUCAGAUGCAAUGCUGCCUUGUGACACACGCCCCGGUGCCAGUCCCUUCUUUCCUUUCGUUGAAGAUCUUCCCCGCCCCAUCGCGGCCCGGCCAAUGGACCCUCAAGGAAGAGUCCUGUUGUGUGCUGAGUGCCAUACGGAACUGUGGCGUCAGUGGGACGCUCUCGAGUGGGCAGGAGCAGGGCCUCCCGGCCACCGCCGCUACGCGUUGCCCCCCGUGACUGGUGGAACUGCAUGUCCCACGUGUGGUGAAGUGUGCCCUGAUGCUCCUCUUCCUCUGAGCAGCAGACCUGUUGGAGGAGAUACCCCAUCGGAGGUUACCCCGUUCUUUCCGCUUUUGGACACUUGUGUCUCAGGGGAUGGUGUAGCAUUGGUUUGCCCAUUCUGUUUCCAUUCACUGGUGGCGCAGUGGGCAGCAUAUGAGAGCUCACCUGUUCCAGAGGAUGCACUGCGCGCACGAAGAAGGUACAAUGUGCAUCACUACGUCUGUUACAUCUGUGGUAUCACAACAUACCGCAAGCGUGUGCGCCCAUUGACAGUUCGCGACUUCCCGUUCCUACGUGAACACCCACGUCCACCAGGUGCUGUGGCCCUCCCAGGAGCAGUGGUGUCAUGUCUCACUUGCUGGGAAUCGCUGCAAAGCCAGUGGAAGGACUACGAGCGCAUGCGCGUCCCGGUUGAAAUGCGAAAGUACAACUGGAUGGUGCUGCCCCCUCCACCUGAGAAUGCUGAACAAGAAGGAUUUGGAGUAGCUGGAGUUAGUAAGGGGCCACUUGCUCCCCCUGUGCCAAGAGCUGCCACUUCCCAGGGAAACACAAGGUCAUCGGGGUUUGCUGCUGCGCUUCGCCGUUUGGCCAAGCAGGCUCUCGAGCCUGGUCAGACAGCAGAUGGGGCGGAGGAAACUGUUAAGAGAAAUAAUAGCACCCCUCCUUCGGGCUUCAUUUCGGGGUCUCCAUCAGUUGGUGCUCCCAUGUCCCCAGGUGGCCAAACUAUGGACGCCCAAGAUAUCCCACAGGGCCCUAUGAUGAUGUCUACUCAAAGGGAUGCCAUAGAUUUCCACUCUUCUAGGCAUCAACCCAGUCCAAGAAUGCGAAGCAGUGCUGAGGAACCUAGAGGAUUCCAACCUUACCGUACUGUGGAGAGUGGAUCUGCACGAGUAGUGCGUGGCCCCCCAAUGACAACUUACGACCCAUUUCACCCCUUUAUGUCUCACCUAGCACCACAGCUUCACCAUACAGCCUACGGGAUGGAAGAAAGUGGUGGUGGGUUUCCCUUUGGACUCCUGCGUGCUCCUUCUCUACCUCCUCCUCCACACCUGUUCCGUUACCCAGUGCCUGCAGAAGAGCAUAAUGGCCGGCUACCCAAGCUAGUCACGCCAGCAGUGCCAAAUACCGGUGCUCCCACUACAACUGCAAUUUGUACCACUGCAACUGUCACAACCACUACUGGUGGAUGCGCACUGCUGCGCUCCAGUGGAGGUUCUGGCAAUGCAUCUUCGGAUAGUGGGUCUCACUUGGAACUGGCUGCAGAACCUUCCCGACCUAGCAGUAGUCCCCAUUGCACGACACAGCCUCUGCCAAAGUUCACAAGAAACGGUUUCUUCAUGCCGGGGUCUAUAAAUGAAUGUCCAUCUCCUGUGAGCCAGUUAGAUCUGUGGGCAGCCUGCAGGGAUGGUGGUGGCUCUUCAGCUGAAGAAGAUGAUGAUGAAGAAGAGGAACCCAGCAAAACAAAGCCAAUUGUCUGGUCAGGCCCCCCUCUAGCCCUGGAUGUCCGGCCACAGAAGCUGCAGUUCCUGCAAAAUGUGGGCCUGACUAGUCAUCAUCGGAGGCAAAAGCUGGAGCUUGCGCGGUACAUGCGCCACUGGAGUCGUCUUCAUAGCAGGGACCAACAUGUGCCCCUCCCUUCACCCCCAAAAGAGUGCAGUUCACCACCCCUAUUACCUCGUAAGACGAACUGGCUGAGUCCCCCAGUCGAACACCAGGAAAAAUUCCUUCAAGUUCUUGGGCUCUCUCCUUCUUCCCAAGGUGGUGCAGUGCCAAGUGGAACAAAGCCAUGUGGCGUGCCUAAUGGCCUUCUCGGAAAUGAGGCUGCACAUGUGUCAGCUGCCCUGAUGCCACUGGAGAAUGGUGAUAAGUCAGCCGAAUGCCACCGGUUACUACACAAACGCAGAGGGCCAUCCAUUCUGCUUGGAAACAAAAUGCAAAUGGUAACAGCCAGCAGCACGGUAAACUCUUUGAGCAACUCUGUGAGCAAUGACAGCAGUGUAACACCACUCUGGCCUGGUGUGGAAGCACUCAUGGAGGCAUAUGCGCACUAUCACCAAGAACGUUUGCUGGAGUGCAGAGUCUUGCAAGAGCGUGAAGUUGCCCUGGCACAGAGGCAGCAGCAACUGCAGGAGCAAGCACAAGAGCUUCGAAACCACAUGGCUGAGCUAUUGCAAAGCAAGCAGAAACUAGAUGAAGAGCGUCAACAGCUGGAAGCAUCUUUGGAACAGCUGCGCAGCUGCAUCCCCACUGCUACUAGCUGACCUUUCUUCCUUGCUCAUCACUAAAGCCUCCUUGUGAAUACUCUUGCACAGUUAUGGCAAAUGCAUCUGGCAUAAACAUGACUCCAAAUGUGGGCCAAAUGUUGCUGUAGAAUGUUAAAAGCCCAGUCAGCCAUUGGUAGAAGUUAUGUCUCGUUUUUUCGAGGGACAUAACAGGUAGCAUAACUGAAAUAUCUGAAACCUCGGCUGAUAUGUAGCAUAAAAGGAAUUUAAAGUGUAUACUCCUUUUGUAGAACCCCGUCCUACUAUUUUCUCUCUGCAGCACAUUUAACAAAACGUUGAACAAGGUGCCAGUUCCAGGCAGCAUGUCCUGUAAACUGGGCAAAGCUGAUGCCGCACUGCUGAGUUUUAAAACAUCUAACGUCUUCUGGUUGUCGAGAUUUUAACUAAUUUUUAGAAAUUGUUUUCUAUUUCACAACUUUUUCUGUAUCCUGCUGAUAAGUUAGUUUAAUUGGAUUAUAUUUUUGGGCACACGAAAAUGGUAAACUAAAUAUUUUCAUGUCAAGCGCAUUACUGCUUAAUUAGCUCUGCAUGCGACGGAGGAAGGGUCCACGUACACUUAAGUGUUUUGGUAGAAUGCAAUGAGCCAUAAGAUAUUUAAGCACAGUUGAACCUCUUUACAGGAAAUUCACAGUGAUGAAAAGCAUGUUGUUGAGGUAGUGACCUUUUCUGUUGCUCGGAUCUGAAGAAAACGAUUUUUUGCUAUAGGGCAUUUUUGUCAAUGUCAAAGCAAGAUAGCUAACUAGGUAAGACAGUAUUAAAACUGCCUGAAUCUUAAACACUGUGAACAAAACUAAACCAGAAAUCUAAAGAUGUUAUUUAUGAAAGUUGUGCAUAUUGAAAUGGGUGAGUGUUUAAAGUACAUACCAUUAUUUAUGAAUGUAUCUUUGUUGCAGCAAUUUUGAUUAAUGUUGCCCACAAGCAGUGGUCUGUAGUUUUUAAUGCUCCUUCACUAGUAACGAGAAAUAGAAAUACAAAUGGGCAUUGCUAGCUGGCUGCAGUUUCAACUAAGCACGUAUGAUUUCAGACUUUACUAGUACAUGAUUGUCCCUUUUCUGCGCUUGCUUAAAGGACUCAUUUUUAUAAAAUCAAAUGCAUGAACACUAUGUACAUAUGCGUUUCUACUAUACUGUUUACUUGCUUCCGGUGGAGCUCUGUAUAGGGUCCAAAAGCUGUAGUUCCUCCGUUGAAGUUUCCAUUUACUUAUAAUACAUGCAAGAACAGACAUCACUUAUAGUAUCACUUUUAUGAGGCAUUAUGCAAGCAGUUGCAUCCUAUUUUGCGUGGAGCAAGACAUUCACCUAAUAAGAAUAAUGCAUCCUUAUGCGAUGUGCGGUUACUGAAGGAGCGAAAGAUGUAAGGCCCAGUCUUUCUUUUAUGCAUGUACAAAUGUGAUCAGUGGUGACAAGCCUACAUCUUUUUCACAAGUUUUAUCACUUUUCAACCCGUAGAAAAUGCUGUUUUAUCUACUUCACUGUCAGAGCAUGUACAUGAUAUGUGCAAGUUGUCAUGUGAGCAACAUGUUCCAUAACAGUUCAUGUUCGUGGACAGUUUUUUAAUUUUACUGAAGUUGUGCAUUCUCUAAACGUGUCUGCUGUGAAAAUAACAACUGUGGGGUUUCAUCAAUUCAGAAAAUUUCGCAGUGCAUUGAGUUAAAUGAAACAUAAGCGUUCUGCAAAAAAUAAUUUAGCUUGCCUGAAACUUCCCAGGUGUGCUUUGUAACAGCAGUUACAGAAGGUUGAAGUUUGUUUUAGUUUCUUCCUCAUUUUUGUCAGGUACUUGGGGGGUGUGCCAAUAUGAAAUUUUCAAAUAUGAAUUAUAAAACAUGACCUUUGAAUACUCAGUUUUAUUAAACAUGGUGUACAGAGCUGUGUAACACAUGGUUCUGCACUUACACAAAACCUGACCAAAGCAAUAUGGUUACCUUACUGUACAAAAAUUCAGGAAUACUAAAUUUACGUUUGAAUGGAUCAGACACUUACUCAAAAUCGUGCUACUGUAAUCGUGAUGAAAAAUAUAGAUUUGUAGAAAGUAGGCCAAAGAUUAUUGCAACAAUGCAUAUAUUUAUACAUAAUUUUGUACUAUAAUGUAGCAUGUCACUAAUAAAUGCAACGAAGUCAUGGAAAUGUUACCGUAAAUGACCGUUCCCAACAAAAACGUAAUGUAUUUAAAAAGAGUGAGAAACAUGGGUGACAAAUUCAAGGACAAGAGACAACCAAAACCCCUUUCUGUUAUUGAGGAGGGCACUUUAUUUAUACCUGCCUCAUGCAUUGCAGGGCACCAUCAAUGACAGGCCCAAAAUUAGCCUAAUAGGUGGUUUGUUUUCAUAAACUAUUGCUUCAUCUCCACAGAGGCCACCUUAUGUACUUUGUUUCAGGCUCCAUCUUUAUAUCUGUGUGAAAUAUUUAGACUCAUGUCAACAUUGUGUGUACCAUGGGUUCUGUGAGACCAGAGAUUCCAAUUCGAAACAAAAGAAAAACACACUCAGAAGUGCAAAAAAAUAGCCUAUUUUAUUCCCCGAUAAAUUCAUAGAAGCACUGCAACGAAGGGUGAAAUUCAAGUAUAGUCUAAAAUCAUUAAAACUGCCAGUUGGCAAAAGCUGCUUAAAUUGGCAAGCCCACAAGCCAACAGUCAUAGGACAUCUAUAAAAUGGAGCGUUGAAAGCCUUAUAUAUGGAUUGAGGAUAUCAUUUCAUCCAGCCCACUUCAUUACUGCCCUAGACGUUAUUGACCGAAUACCUAAACCAAUGGGGACGGUAAAAAACUGUUGGACCCCGCUUGGAGAAAUUUCACCUUAAUAUCUGAGAUUCUGUUUAUCUGUACUAAGCGCAGUAGAUUGUUCACUCUGUGUUGCAUGUAAGCACUCAGGUCUAUAUGGAUGGGGCUUUUCCUGUGAAAAAUAUUACAGUGUCUUAUGUUUUCCUGUAUACAGGUUUACUAUAACAGGUUCCCAUGCAAGACGGCAAAAUUACAAGAGUUCAAUCGAGUGGAACAAAAGUAUCAUACACAUAUUGAAAACUUGAAAUAUUUGCACACCCCCUGGAAGAAUCUUAAUCUAAACAAAAAUAGCGAAUUUCAGAAGGAGUUGAAAGCUAUGUGCAUGUUGCAACAGUUUGUUAUUAGAGAAAACUAGAUACAGUUUGAUCCUGUUGACAAGUGCUUUGUGACAUAACAACGACCUGAAAAUAUUGCAUUUUUAAUGCAUAAGCUUAUUUCCCCACUUAGCAAAAUGAUGUAGGAAAGAGUGACGUGCAUGUUCAGUUGCAAUCGUCAAGGUACCUUGUACACCACAUGUACGCAGUACCACAAAUGUUUGUUGUGCUGACAGAGGCACACAUAAGUUAUUGUUAUCAUGUCCAGUUUAUUGUCCCAUUGAACUUCAGUUUUCCAGGAUGUGAUGACGUUGCUAUUAUAUUGAGGUUGACAAAUCACCAUAUUCACCAGACAAUGCAAUGCUCUUUUAUGUGGCUGUUCAUGACUACUCUGCUGGGCUCAGUGAGAUGCUCUACAUUUGAACUGCGGCGGUAUUGUCAAGUGAGACUACAGACAGUGUUGUGGUGCACCAUAAACUGCAAUUCUACCACGAUUGCAUCUCAUUCCUAGUCUCGUGACCUAAGAGAAGUGUGUGUUUGGAAAUGUAUGUGUGAAACGAAUUCUCACUGCCAGCUGUACUAUAAGGGGUUGUCAUGUACAUAUCUACAUCACAUCGCACAUGCAAUGUUUGUCUCUUGUCGGCUGGUAGCAUACAUUUGUUUCGUUAAGAACUGCAUGUAAAGUGAGGAUUUUGCUUGUGACACUAUUCAAAGUAUGUAUUUGUUUGUUGACAGCACCAGUUUCCUUCUCCUACUUUUUUUUAUUUGUACCUAGAGGAAAGUUGUGACGAACAAAGUGUGCCUUUUAUUUUCUUGCUUUUCAUGGCAUUGAACGAACUAUGUUAUCUUAUCUGUUUAGGCAUGUGAACUGCAAGAUAUGUGGCUUUUCAGGAAACGAAGAAAGGCUUUGCAAGUGCAUCAUAAUGAACCUUGUACUGCGUAGCGGUGCUCGUAACAAGAGAUGCACACUUUUUCAUUAAAGAUCUUGACUUUUCUA